AUGGAUAUUGACCCCGAAAAGGGCCAGGGCCAGGGCCGUGGCGUGGCUCACGAUGCCGCGGACAAAAAUUUCGUCGUGGACGUCCGCUCCAACGAGGAAUCGCUGCCGAUUGAAAGCCAAAGCGACGCUGCUUCUUCGCCUCUGGGGAGCUUCCUAGCCACCCUCCGCGAUUUCGAGGCGCGCAUGGACAGGAUAUUCCAUCUGGAGUCGGAGGCCAUCGUUCGCAAACGGCCGGAGGACAAGAGACCCGUGCCCUGGAGGGAACAGCUGUCGAUGGCGCUGCUGUGGGCCAGCGGCACCAUGAACACCUCCUGCUUCGCGACCGGUCUUCUCGGCUGGGAAUUCGGUCUGAGUCUGCGGCAGUCCAUCGUCAUCACCAUCUUCGCAUCCAUCCUUGGCGGCGCCUUGACCGGGUAUUGCGCGACGUUCGGUGCUGCCACGGGCCUCCGUCAGAUCAGUGUCAGCCGGUACAGCUUCGGAUGGUGGCCGAACAAGCUCAUUGCCCUCCUGAACGGCAUCCAGCAGCUGGGAUGGGCGGCUGUCGCGUGCAUCACGGGUGGUCUGGCACUGACGGCCGUGUCGGACGGCCAUCUCUCCCUCGUGGUCGGCAUCAUCAUUCUGGCCGUGGUGGCCCUGGUCAUCUCCUUUGUCGGGCUGAAAGCCAUCUUGGUCUACGAGCGAUACGCGUGGAUCGUCUUCUUCGUCAUCUUCAUGAUUAUCUAUGGCGAAGCAGGAGAAUAUGCCGACAACACAACCCCGGCUAGCGUCACCGGUAUCAACCUCUCCGCGGCUGUUCUCAACUUGCUUGCCGUUGUCUACGGUUCCAGUGCGUCGUGGUCCACCAUGGUCAGCGACUACUACGUCCAUUAUCCGGUCAAUGUGAGCCGUGUCAAGGUCUUCCUCAUGACAACCUUCGGCAUUGCCAUCCCCACGUCCAUCGGCAUGGUCGCCGGCUGCGUCGUCGCCUCUGGACUCAACAACCGGCCCGAUUGGAAGGAUUCUUACGAGGAAGGCGGCGUCGGCUACCUUAUCCAGGAUGUGCUGCAUCCGCGCGGUUUCUCCAAGUUCCUCCUCACCCUCCUCGUCUUGUCCGGAAUCAACGUCAACGUGAUCAGCAUUUACAGUUCUGCCAUUUCUUUCCAGCAGCUCGCGCGGCCUUUUGCCAAGAUCCCCCGCUUCAUCUGGACUUUGUUCUGCUUCGCUUGUAUCCUUGCGCUUGGCCUGGGCGGCCGAGAAGAGUUGAAUACGUACCUGCAGGACUUUCUCAGUCUGCUGGGUUACUGGUGUACCAGUUACGGUGUCAUUCUGUUCGAGGAGCAUUAUAUCUUCCGCAAGGGCCGAUUUGAGAAUUACGACCUGGAAGCGUGGAACGAUCCGACCCGGUUGCCCCUAGGCAUCGGUGCAGCGGUCGCAUUCUGUCUGGGCAUAGUCGCCUGGGUUAUGGGCAUGGAUGAGACCUGGUACGUCGGACCUCUUGCGAGCCUUAUUGGAGAGGCUGGUGGCGAUGUUGCAAAUGAGUUCACGCUUGUGGUGACUGCUGUGAGCUAUAUGCCCGCGAGGUACUUGGAGCUGAAGUACUUUGGGCGCUGA